AUGAGGGCCACACUUGGUGAUACUGUUUACAAAGACUCUGAAUUUGGAUCUGGACAUUCUGAAUUUCAUGAGUUUUUGAGACAUUUGAAGAAACUAUCCGGUGUGAUCAACUUGAGUGAAUCUGAUGGAAACAAAACACAGGUGAUGGAGUUUGUUCUCAUGGGACUUACAGAUCUUCCAGGGCUGCAGGUCCCCCUGUUCCUGGUGUUCUUGGUCAUCUACCUCACUACCAUGGUGGGCAACCUCGGACUGAUUUUUCUCAUCUGGAAGGACCCCCAUCUUCAUACCCCCAUGUACUUACUCCUUGGCAGUUUAGCCUUUGCAGAUGCUUGUUCCUCCACCUCUGUGACUCCCAAGAUGCUGAUGAAUUUUUUAUCCAACAAUCACUUGAUAUCCCUGGUUGAAUGCAUCACCCAAUUUUAUAUUUUUGCUUCCAGUGCAAACACUGAAUGUUUCCUUCUGGUAGUGAUGGCCUAUGAUCGCUAUGUAGCUAUAUGUAAUCCUUUGCUUUAUCCAGUGGUGAUGUCCAAUAUCUUUUGCAUUCGGUUAUUAGGUGUUUCAUAUAUUAUAGGGUUUCUUCAUCCUAUGAUGCACACCAGUUUGUUAUUUAGAUUAACUUUCUGCAAGUCCAAUGUAAUACAUUAUUUCUACUGUGAAAUUUUACAACUGUUUAAGAUUUCCUGUACUGACCCUAGAGUUAAUAUGCUCUUAAUUUUUAUAUUUUCAGUCUUUAUACAAUCUUUCACCUUUAUGACUAUUAUCAUCUCUUAUUCCCAUGUCCUCUUUGCCAUCCUGAAAAAGAGGUCUGAAAAGGGCAGGAGCAAGGCCUUCUCCACAUGCAGCGCCCACUUGCUCUCUGUCUCUUUGUUCUAUGGCACUCUCUUCUUCAUGUAUGUGCGUCCUGGGUCUGGCCCAGCUGAAAAUCAAGAUAAAAUGUAUUCUGUAUUUUACACAAUCAUAAUUCCCCUGCUAAAUCCUUUUAUUUACAGUUUGAGAAACAAAGAGGUUAUAAAUGCCUUGAGGAGAAUAAUAAAAUAUAAAUAG